CGCUUGUGUCUAUAUGGUUUUCAACAUGAAGUAGUCGAAGCCUCCUUGAUCUAACUUGUCUGUUUACAUACUAAUCCGAUUCAAACCUUGUGGAGACUAGGGCUUCUAAUCCUGUCACUUAGCUUGCUUGUUGGUACACGCGAAACGCGAUCCCUGCAAACUGCAAGCGCGUCACCAAGCAUCCCCGCAAGACCCUCCGCUGCAGCCUCAAGGAUCCUAGAAGCCUUUACAGCAGCAUUCCUUCAUUCUGCUUGAGCAGUCUGUAUAUCGAAAUGUUCCAGACCACCACGGUAUGACGGACAAACAUGCUAAAGGACAGGGUCAUGAUCGCGAAGUGAAAUCCGAAGAAGCAGCCAACCAGGCAGCAGUAGAUGGGUCCCAUCCGGGCUCAAGCCAGCAUCACUCUCUGAAGUAUUCCCUCCUUGGACCAUCCUUGACCAAGGCUGGUCAAGACUCUGUAGAUCAGAAGAAGGUAUCAGAAGUCAUUUACAAUGCGUCUAAAGGAUCGAAGUUUUUCAACAAUGAAGAAGCAAAAGAUAAGACGUUGACGGACAAGAUCAGUAGGAUAUUAGCUAAAAAACGACAGCUCGAGCGCCUAGACCUGACCUCCGACCUGCGCAGAGCAGACGACUAUAUUACUGAACUGGAGCUAUCGCGAGACUUGUCGCAGCAUAUUGUACACUUGGAUUGUGAUGCUUUCUAUGCGGCCGUGGAAGAGCUGGACAGGCCAGAUCUCAAGGACGUUCCCUUUGCGGUUGGCAAGGGUGUGCUCACGACUUGCAACUAUGCUGCACGAAAGUUUGGUUGUCGGAGUGGCAUGGCUGGCUUUGUUGCUAUGAAAUUAUGUCCAGAGUUGAUUUGCUUGCCACUCAACUUUGAGAAGUAUUCCGCUAAAGCUGAGGAGGUUCGUGAGGUCAUUUCCAGAUACGACCCAAACUUUGAAAGUGCCAGUGUCGACGAAGCAUACCUGAAUAUCACGGGAUAUUGUCAGCAGCAUGAUAUGACCCCUUGGGAUGCCGUCGAACAACUCCGUGCGGAGGUCCAUGAACAUGCUAAAAUUACGGUUUCUGCUGGUAUUGCACCGAAUGCUAAGUUGGCCAAGAUUGGAUCUAAUAUGAAUAAGCCCAAUGGACAGUUCAAAGUAGCGAGCGACCGAAGUACGAUAAUGCACUUUAUGCGCGACCUUCCAACCCGGAAAGUGAACGGAAUCGGUCGGGUUUUCGAACGCGAAUUGCGAGAAGUUGGGAUAAACACAAUAGGCGACAUUUACGAGUACCGCGCGUAUCUUUCGAAACUGUUUGGUGAGAAAGCCUUUCAAUUUCUCAUGCAAUGCUACCUGGGUCUCGGGAGGACCACGAUUCAGCCCCCUGACGAAUCCGAUCGCAAGAGCGUUGGAACCGAAAGCACGUUUCGGGACAUGGGCGACAAGACAGAGCUCAGAGAAAAGCUGCGCCACACUGCGGAAGAACUCCAAAAAGAUUUGGAGAGAACCCAAUAUAGAGGACGAACACUAUGUCUUAAGGUCAAGCUGCACACUUAUGAGGUCUUUACCCGACAAGUCCAGCCUCCAAGAGCGGUGAACCUAGCUGAUGAUCUGUAUAAGUAUUCAGAACCAAUGCUUGCAAAGCUCGAGAAAGACUUUCCUGGGAUGAAGUUGCGACUCAUGGGAUUACGCGUGACGCAUCUCAUUAGCACAAAGAAGGCUGGCAUAGACUUCUUUGGUCUGAAAAAAAUGAAAUCAUGUCCUUCGAACAAUAUCGCACAUGGGAAUGUCGACAAAGAUGGAGCAUGGGAGGUAUGGCCUGACACUGAGUUUGAAGAUGCAGCUCGGCAGGAACGACAAGAUGAGAUGAACGAGCUUGAAUCUCUCAGCCAAGAGCACGAACAGGAGCAUAUGCCGAAAAGUGCCUGGGAAUUGUCGCAUCGCGUUGCUGCUGGAAAAAAGGCUACGGUUGUAAAAUCAUCUCCGCCCUCGUCACCUAAAGAUGAAUUUUGGACUUGUCCCAUAUGCUCCCUUCCACAGCCCGCGGGCGAUCAGUCUUUCAAUAGUCACAUUGAUCUUUGCUUAUCUCGACAAACGAUUAAAGAA